GCCUGGCGAAACUGAAAGUGACCCGGCUGCGCUUCACCUUCAGCUCUUGGCUUAGACCUGCAGGGGGGGCGGCGAGAAGCCGAACAUGAGCGCAGGAUCCGGGGCUGCGGUGGAGAUGAUCGAGCUGGCCAGAGGACCCUCAGGACUAGGGUUCAAUAUAGUCGGGGGCACUGACCAGCAGUAUGUCUCCGAGGACAGUGGCAUAUAUGUCAGCAGCAUUAAGGAGAAAGGAGCAGCCGCCAACGAUGGUCGGCUUCAGGAAGGAGACCGGAUAUUAGAGAUAAAUGGAGUCAAGUUAGAGAAUCUCUUGCACAAUGAUGCAGUGGCCCUCUUCAGGAACGCCGGGGAACACGUGGUGUUGAAAGUUCAUCACAAGCUUCAGAACCAACCCAACGGCCCGUCCAGUACCCGGAGCGAGAGCGACCCCGAAGGGAUAUCAUUGGCCGUGAUCGCCUUGCCUAUACUGGCAGCCGUUUUGAUCUAUGCGUUUUUUGCAUAUCGGCAUCGCUCAUAAAAUUCUGAAGGGUUGAUUGGUGAAAAAGCCAUCGAUGUUUAAUAUGUGUUGUCGUAUCAGAUACCUCCGCGAUGCGUAUAUCUACUGCCUGGCCUUUGUAUGUUCCCGUAGCUUGGAUACACAAGCCACAGUAUUGGGUCUCAAGACACUGAAAUUAAGUUUUAUCCGUACACACGUACCCUGCUAACUUAUUGUGAUUAAUAUCCUUUUUUUUAUGCUGUGUAUCAGUUUUGUUCAUAAAUAUUUCAUGAUUUUUGAUACCUAUGGAAUGUCUUAAAUUGGGAUUAUGUGCAAGUCCUCUAGCUGUGCUGAGAAAUAACCUCAUAGGAAACCUAUGAAAAAGGGUGUAAAUCUUUAAAUCCUGUAAUCCCCUGUUAUCUUCUGAAGCUCUGGAUUUACUACUUUAUAAGGAAUCGUCUGAUGAUGAUGAUGAUGACGGCUAGGUGAAUACCAUUUGUCAGCCAUACAGUUGCUCUCGUGCUGUUCGUGAAAUCCAGCUCCCGUGCUCACCAGCCAGCAUCGCGAUGGUUAGCUUCUGGCUGAGAACCAUAGGAGUUUUGUUUCAACCCGCAGAGAACUACUGGUUGAUUUCGUGCACCAAAGAGAAAGCUGUGCCUUCUUAAACUGUAGCGCUGAAAGUGCCUUCUAACUAAAGAAAAAGCAUUCGAAUGAUCCAAAGUAACAAAACCUGUUUUAUUGCCUUCAUAAUAAAUUAUAUUAUCAGAAAAA